AUGAGCAAUAUCCGAGACGCCGACGGUGAGCUCGACUGCAUGCAAGGACCUGAAAUGGCGGAACAGCAGCUACAAAGUAAAGAUCACGAAUUGGUGGCAAAUGGGAAGCCGACUGAACUCGUAGGUGGUGGUGAUAGGACUGAGAGUACGGGAAAAGAGCCUGGGAUGACUGCGCAGGAGCAUUCGAUACUCAAGAUCAAGCACCAGGGCCACGAUUCUACAGAAAUCGGACUCCCGGAAGAACAGAACUCUAUUGAACUCACCGAAAAACCUUUACACCGGGAGUCUUUAGACAACAUCAUCGAUGACUUCAGCACAGAGGAUGUAAAGCAAACUCCAGAUAGUGGCUCAAAGCAGCUUCCUAGUCAAGUGCCUUCACGUUCAACCUCUACACCAGACGACCAGAAGGCCCUGGGCUAUGAACAACGCGCUACCGACACCGAAACGAACCUCCCCAGGCCCCUGAUUCACUCUGAGCAUACACCGAGUCGAGGCGACUUCAUCAAACAAGAGCCUGAACCAGUAGAGCAUCAAAAGUCCCAAUCUAUCAAGCCGACCCCGAGUACGCAUGUAAUGGAUAUCGCCGCAAGUCCAGACGAUGAUGCGAUAUAUGUCCCUAGCAACGAAGCUUUCCACCAGGUUUCAGACAUGGUUGUCCGCGAGCCUUCUGGAGUGGGUCAAAGUGGAAAGAAGCUAGCAAUCAAGGAGCGCAGGGAGAACGAAGAGGAUGUUCAAAGCCCUUUAGGCGAAGUUAUGGAUGAAGGGUUGCAAGGUGACGAAGUUCAACAGCCUGUUCCUAGUGAGACCUUACUGGGGCCCUUAGAAGCUGCCACUCAAUUCGAAGAGUUACAGGCGGCACCGCAGGGUUUACAACACGAUAAGGAACUUCAGUCGCAGCCUCAUGAUCCAUGCGCAGAAUCUGAAAUCUCUGAUUUAGAGCAUGAGGAAGAGGAUAGUGAGGGCGAGGACGAUGACGGGGACGAUGACGAUGACGGGGACGAUGACGAUGACGGGGACGAUGACGAUGACGAAGAAGAAUAUGAGAUCAAGGGUCAUACUUCAAGACCGGCGCUCAAUGGGCGCAAUCAACUCUACAGAGAAGAGCUUGGAUACUCAAUGCCGACUCCUACACCCCCAUACCAACGCGUCUCGUCACAAUUCAGGAGAGACAUGUAUCCCGAGCAAUAUCCGCAACCCCCUCUUAGUGUCGACAAUCCUCGCAACCCUAAUUUCGGGGUAAACUAUCAACGUCAGAAUCGGAUGCAUACUGAGCAACAGCGAAGACACAUAACAGAGAAUCUCUAUGUGUCACAGCAGCGUGGUCGACAGAUGUCAGUCAAUUUUGAUCAGAGCAUACCAAAAAUGCCUCCUGUGUCUAUGGACUAUCGAGAUACUCCACGGGGCAGCUAUCAGUACACUGGCUUCGAACAAUACCCGAUGGACUUUCAUCCUGCAGGUCACCAUGGGGCAAGGAACGGUCCAAUGCCUUCUAAUCCAGCUCGUCGCCCUGUCUCAUCGCAUGGCUACAGGGUACCUGGUCCACCUUCUAUACCUCUCACGCCCGACGACUGGCAGUCUGGUGCGCAUAUAGAAUCAGUUUUACCGACUAUCGAACGCUCCGUCGCCGUAGCACGGCUCAACAAAGAGCGUAGUGGUACUUCCGAUGACGAUGAGCCACUAAGGACACGUGUGAAGCGCCAUCCGUCGGUCGUGAGCCAGGAUUCUAUCAUCGAUGAUUCACCUGAGAUUAGAUCUUCAAGGUAUAUCCGGCCAGGUGCACACCGAGGUCAAGAUUCAGAUGUUGAGUUCGUGGCCAGCAAGCCGAAGUCUAAGCAGGUCUCUGUGCAGAACCCAGUGCGCAUGCAACGUCUUCUCCCUCAGCCCGUGCAAGAUACCAUUGACGUGCCAUCUUCUUCCUCGCCAGAGAAUGAAAUCGGGUCCUGGAAACUUCCACAGUUCGAAGUGCAGCGUCAAAUUAACGACAAGAAAGACGACCACCCCAGCGUCAAAGUCUCCCUUCCGAAUUUGAUACGAGAGGAGCUCCUGCUCUCUGCUGAUCACUCAGAGCAAGAAGUCCACCUUUUACUCAACAUAUUCCUUCCAAGCCAACAAGCUCUCGCUGAGCCCGAUCCCACUCCGGCUACCGCGGUGCUGAACUUCCACACCAUCGCCGUGAUGGUAAUCGAAGCGUUCGUGCAGUUUGAGAUCGGGGAUGAGUAUGGACUAGGUCGCGGUCACUUCCAUCAGAACUACAAUCAUGGUGAUGAAGAGUACGAGAAGAUGCGAGAUGCAAAGGAUGCGGACGUUGAUGAGAUCUUUUUCGCAGUCAUUGACCGCUGGCGUGCAGGACUUGAGAGCAGAAAGGAGCCUCUCCUCCUCAUCCGUGGAGUCCAAGAGUUCUGCGACGUUGCUCUCGACGUCAUAUACUAUAUCAAGGAGCAUGGUUUUGUCGAGCCUGAACCCAAAGCCCGUCGCGAACGUUCAGACAAGGGUACGAAGCGUGGACCCCGGAAAAGCAAGGAGGAAGAGGUCACGGAGACUAGUAAGGGCAAAGGCAAACAGAAGGUGGAUGCGGAGGAACAGGUCAAGCCGAGUCGAGGUGUCAAGCGCAGUGCGACACAGAAAGUGAACACGCUGCAACCGAGGAAGAAGGUGAAGCCUGAGCCAAAGAGGAAGACGAAGGCGAAGGCGAAAAGCAAGGCUCCGGAGAUUACAGUGAUUAGGAGAAAAUGA